AAGGAAGUUUAUUAAUAUCAGCAACGCCAGUGGAUUUCAAGUUUCAUUUCCUUCUGGCUCUCCUUCUACGUGGAAGAAGACAGAAGCAAGAGAGAGUAAUAACAAGUUCAUAAAAUGACGUCGUUUAUGACAUUCCCUACCAUUUCAACAAUUGCCUCCUCAUCUUCUUCUUAUUCUAGUAUCUGUACAGCUUCAUUUCUAGCCAGGCCCAACUACUCCCUAUCUACCUCAAAUAAUCGGCUCUGUAAAUUUGGAGUAAAAUGCAGCUAUGCAGAAGGAAAUGUGAAGAAUGAAUUUGAGUCUUCUACAAUUGAUGUUGUUGCUGAUGUGAAGACAGAACGGAUUGUAGUUCUAGGAGGCAGUGGUUUUGUUGGCUCUGCAAUUUGUAAGGCUGCUGUAUCCAAGGGUAUUGAGACUGUCAGCCUAAGCAGGUCUGGUCGCCCUAGUUACCCGGAUUCAUGGGUAGAUCAAGUUAAUUGGAUACCAGGAGAUGUUUUCUAUGCAAACUGGGAUGAUGUUCUUGUUGGGGCUACUGCUGUAAUUUCGACUCUUGGUGGUUUUGGCAGUGAAGAACAGAUGCUACGAAUUAAUGGCGAAGCUAAUGUUGUUGCAGUCAAUGCUGCAAAAGAUUACGGAAUUCCAAAGUUUAUCCUGAUCUCAGUGCAUGAUUACAAUCUACCGUCAAUAUUACUCUCAUCUGGAUAUUUCACUGGAAAGAGGAAAGCAGAAUCAGAAGUUUUAUCCAAGUAUCCGAACUCUGGUGUUGUGUUAAGGCCUGGUUUCAUAUAUGGAAAAAAGAAGGUCAGCGGCUUUGAAGUUCCACUGAACUUGGUUGGAAAACCUAUUGAGCAAAUUCUCAGUGCAGCCGAAAACUUCACCAAACCUUUAAGUGCUCUUCCGGCAUCAGACCUAUUAUUGGCACCGCCUGUUAGUGUGGAGGAUGUUGCGCUUGCAGUCAUAAAUGCAGUAACCGAUGAUGACUUCUUUGGCGUCUUUACCAUACAACAAAUCAAGGAAGCUGCCCAAAAUGUCAAAGUGUAAAGAAACCUUAGCCUAGGGAAAAAAAACUCUCCCUUCCCUAUAACUUCUCACAGAAACAAACAUUAGUUUUAUAGUAGUUUGGGUGGGUGAUUCUUGGCCUUUUGACCGAAAAAUCACCUCUUUAACCCUUCAUAUAUCUACAUAAUUUUCUAUAGUUCUAAAUAAAAGCUUCAACUGAGGCAUAUUGAAGAGUUUUGGCUUGAUCAAGCUCUUUUUCUUCUGUAUCAUCUCUGAACACCGCCACCAUCAUCCAUUACAACCACCGUAAUUUUUACCUAGUAUGUAAAGUGAAUGGCUCAAACUGAUUACACUUAAGAGAUAUGCAAUUAUUUUUAAUUUUUAAGUAUUAGUUUAGGCGUUUUAAUAAAAUAUAUAUUUUUGUCA